GAAGAUCUCUAAAUAAAUAUUACUUGUGGCCAUGUAACUUCCAAGAUAAGUAAAACGCUAUGAAACACAUUUAGGCACUUUUAAAGGUGUUUUAUUUUGAAAAGAUUUUGACCGGACGUCUUAUUUUGACACGUUUGUUUUGUUUUUAACUCAGCUGUGUCCACAUUUUUGCUGUUUAAAAUCAAAAGCACCUGGUACUCUGCUGAUUGCUGAAAGUUUUUCUGGCAGCAUUUUUACAAAAUUCUUUUGCUAUUUCACCACUUUUUGGUCUAAAAAUAAAAUAAAACAAGUGUCAUAAUGGCGUGUAGGAAAGGACAACAAUGUUCACUACAAGACCUCAGUGAUAGGCGUGCACCCAACUCGGUGGACCAGCUUUCUUUCAGCUACACGGAGAUGUGUAAGAUGGAUUCAAGCACGGAAUCUGACUCAGAAAUCAGUCCGAAAUGGUCCGACACCAGCACUCUGGAGUGUGUGAGCAGGACUUCACAGCGUGCAUCAACAUACAAGUCUGCAGGGCGACAUGCAUCUUAUUCUUUGUUUUUGGACCCAUACGAUGGGAGCUCAGAGGAUUCUGAUGAGUCCAACAUCAGCAGCAGGCUAAGGCAGCAGGGGAAGGUGUGUGGAUGCCGCCUCUCAGGCCGAAGAAGGCGACCAGUCCUACACCACUCCGCCAAACUGGUGAAAAAUGGGAUGACAGGUUCUUUAAUAGCUCAGCAAACCACAGUCCCAGAUCCCGGUGAUGUCCAGAGGAAAUGCAGAAGUGAUUCUGAGCUGUGGGACUGUGGACUCGACACUCUGUCCUCCUACAGCGAUCGAGAUGGUUGUGCAAAUAUGACAGAAGAAAGGGCGCCUUCUUCUCUGAUGGACAUCCAAACUAUAGAUGUAGAGCUGCAGCUUAAUGACUUUCCCAUUUCUGGACUUCCGAUCUCAAGCAAGGGAAGUUCGUGUCAGAUGCUGAACUGCUGCUCUGAGAGAUCCUGCGUCUCUUGUAAUGGAUCUCUGUCCAAGAGGAAGGUGGACCGCUCUGGAGCAGACGCAGCAGAGCUGGGGCUGAGAAAAAGGCAGUGUGUGUUAAACAUGGAGAACAAGUGACUGAGCAAAGACUCACGUCACUUUAUUUACCUUGGAAAUCGAAGUUAUUUAGAAGUGCACUUUUACAAAACUUUUUUCCCUUCCAGAAAAAAUCUGUUACUGCUGAUGCUCUGAAUAAAACCUGAUCUGCAGUGGUAGCUGACAUGAGCUCGGAAAGAUUCA